AUGGUACGUUCUGGCAGUGGUCCUGUAGCAAAUGUGUCUGUGACACUAGGUGAUUCUAACCACAAUCAUGAUAUUAAAUUUGUUUUAUCGCGUGUUCUUCUUAAUGAUUUAAAUUUGUUAAAAUGGAGUAUGUACAACAAACCAAAAAAAACUGCAGUCGAUCAGAUAACCGAUAAUUUAGCUGAACUUGAAGUACAGAAUAAUCCUCAAGAAGAACCAUUAGAUGAAGAAACGUUAGCAAUGAUACAGAUGGGCCUUCCAACGUCGUUCACGUCAUCAUUAGUAUGUAUUUUAACGGUAUCGUUAGUAGUGAUUCAAUGUUAUAUACCUCGGCGAAAACAAUACUCAUAUUCAUCCGAUGAUCAAAAAUAUUCUGAAGAAGCAAGAUCGCAAGAAGAACAGACAGUUGAUAGUAAUAGUGAAUACAAGAAUGCUCUUGAAAAAUGGCUUGCAUACUGGAAUGCUGAAGGUUACAAAAUAGCAUCGGAUUCAUGGACACAUCAUAAUGAUAUUAAUACGAUAAAUGAUACAUCAACAUCAUCAGACAGCGGUAUAAAUGAAGAACAACAUUUAGUUGAUUUAUGGCGUGAACAUUAUUUAACAACUUAUGAUAACAAAUUAAAAGAAUAUUGUACAAAGGAAAAUAUCGAUUAUGAACCAUUUUAUCAAUAUAUUUCAGAGAGCUACUGUGGUGAUGAAGUUGAAGUAGAAGAAUCAAUGAAUGUUACUGAAGAAGCACCAUUAACAGUUAAUACAAAGGUUACAAGGAGAAAUGAUUCCGUUGGUGAUGGCGAACCACGAAAAAAGCAAAAACCCGAUGCAGUUGAUGAUGUAGAUGAAAGACAACGAACAAAACAAAAGUUUAAAAAGCUUGGUUUGUAUAUGGAUGAUAACAAUACUGCUAACAGCAUUCUUUCAUCAAACGUACAUUUGUUAUCUAAUUAUAAACAACUAUCCUAUGGUCUAAUAUUGAAAAAAGCUAUACGUAUUCAUACACAAUGGUUAAAUAGUGAUGAUAAUAUAAAAAUGAUGGGUGAUGACAACCUUGUUGUUUCUGAAGAUCAAGAAAAGAAGAAAGACGAUAUGCUUGUUCUUAAUGAUGUUCAUGAUGUUCUUGUGCCAAUUAAUAGUGAUAAACAAAGAAAAAAAAAGAAACAGAAACCAAAACAAUUAAUUGUCGAUAAAAAUUCUCUACCAGAUCAAUUUCAGAAUGAUCAAGAAUUACUUAAAUAUUGGUUACAACGAUACCGUCUGUUUUCAAAAUUUGAUGAAGGAAUUGUACUUGAUACCGAGGGUUGGUUUUCAGUUACACCGGAAAAAAUUGCUCGACAUAUUUCUAAACGUUGUCAAUGUGAUGUUAUUAUCGAUGCAUUUUGUGGUGUUGGGGGAAAUGCUAUACAGUUUGCAUUCACCUGUGAAAAGGUUAUUGCUAUUGAUAUUGAUCAAAAAAAAAUUGAAUGCGCAAAACAAAAUGCUCGCAUCUAUGGAGUUGAAGAUCGUAUAGAAUUCAUUCAAGGUGAUUUUAUGAAAUUGGCACCAACAUUGAAAGCUGAUGUUGUUUUUCUUUCACCUCCUUGGGGUGGUCCAUCCUACGGUCUAAUUGAAUUGUUUGAUUUGGAAAAAAAUAUUGAGUUAAAUGGUUUUCAUGUAUUUCAAAGUGCACAACUAAUAUCAGAAAAUAUUGCUUAUUUUUUACCGAGAAAUAUCAACGUUGAACAGGUAGUAUCGUUAUCGCCUAAUGGUGUUUCUAUGGAAUUGGAACAAAAUUUUCUAAAUAAUCGACUUAAAACUGUUACAGCUUAUUUUGGUGAAUUAGCCAGACAGUGCGAAUGA